AUGUCGUCUGUACGCGUGGGUAGAAUUUGUGUUUGCCAGGCCUUUGUUACCUCCAAGGCGGCUCCUCGUUUUCUUAUCUCCAAGUCUACUAAGUUGAUCAGCAGCAGAAGAUUCUCCACGAUUACCGUCCACGAGGAAAAACCGUUGGAUGAUCAUGAGUCGUCGACGGACAAUAGGAAACAGUCAAGUCAGAUUGGCUUGUCUCUAUUGGACACGAAAUUGGGACAAACGAAGGAAGGCGUCGAUUUGCUCGACGGAUUGGACGUGUAUUCCGUACCGGCGCUACAAGACCAUCAUCCCUUGGCCGUCUACGGACUCGACAGUACCAAUCCUACGUCCAACAACACGACAAAAAGAUACCCCAUCUUACUGCUGCACGGAAGAACCUGGUCCAGCGUCCCCGUCUACCAUUUGCUGGGAGGAAAUAAUAAUGUCUCCCAGUUUCUUAAUAAGAGUGAGGAAAACGACGACCAUGACGAAACGGUUCACGAAAGCAGAUCCUUCAUGGAAGCUCUACUCGAAAAAGGAUUGCAGCCAUAUGCACUCGAUUUUAGAGGAUUUGGAGGAACUCCCGCCGAUGACACGGGAUACGUCGAACCUCAUCGAUGUGUUCAAGAUGUUCAGACCGUCUUGCAAUGGAUGGCCAAACGACACAACACAAACACAAACACAAACACGAACGUAGAAAUGCCCGCCUUAUUGGGCUGGUCCCAAGGAGCCCUCGUGGCUCAAUUGGUGGCACAAUUUCAUCCCACUUCGGUAUCCAAAUUGAUACUCUACGGAUCCAUCUACGAUCCACUCGUCCGAUAUCCUAGAGAACCACUCUAUCAGGUCAAUUUGCCCAAUACCAGUCAAAUCACAAACACGUUCAACGAUGCCAUUGAAGAUUUUACCGUACAAGGCAGUAUUCCACCAGCACCAGCGGCACUCUUUGCCCAAGCCGCACUUGUCAGUGAUCCCGUCAAGGCGGUUUGGAAACAUUCCUAUCAAUUCAACAAUUGCGAUCCCGCCCGUGUUCAUACUCCUUGUUUGGUCGUGGCGGGAGAUCAAGAUCCUUAUGCGCCGUUGCACGUCCAACAAGAUUUGUUUUGCAAUUUAGGAAGAGGAUCCGAUCGCACUUGGAGUAUUCUGGCGGGAGCCGAUCAUGCCGCCCAUUUGCUCAAUGAUGUACGACAACGAUUCGUCAAUGUCGCCGUCAGUUUUGUUCAGAAUGGUAAAUAA